AUGAUGAUGAUGGUGAUGAUAAUGAUGAUGAUGAUGGUGAUGAUAAUGAUGAUGAUGAUGAUGGUGAUAAAAGAGAGUAAAUACAAAAAAAAAGAUAAAACCGGUAAAUUGUUUUUUUUUUUUUUUUUUUUUUUUUUCAAAUCAGCGAGACGCGAUGAUGAAUUGUUUAUUUGUCGGAUAUCCAUUUCUUACAGAGCAGGGUUUGACUCCGAUUCGAUUGUACACCUACUCCCGACGAAAAUGUUUGUGAGUGCGGUAGCAUUCAUAUCGUUACUUCUUGUAAAUUUUUUAAAUGCCGACGUGGUGAUAGACAAUAAGUUUUCAAUCGGAGAUGAUGUUAUUGUCACGCAAUGUCAAAAAGAUGUCGACAGGAUAAUUCAGGGUUUGAGAAACAAUGAAAUUUGGGCAAUAAAAAUCGUCGAUGCAUCCAGUAAAUUUCCAUCGGGGAUUUUAAAAGGACACGUGACAGAUUUUGGAAAUUACGAUGAAUGCUUCGACGUACCUACGAACGAAACGACCGUUGUUCCGACCCAACAUUGUUUCGUCAAUUUUAAACAAUCCGACGAACAAAAUUCAUUAUUAUUAUUAUUACCAUCUAUUAAAUUAUCGUAUUGUUUACCCAAAUCAUGUUCGCCGAAACAAAUAGAAAAUUUCAUUCGGAAAUUAUUAUCGGAAACAAAUUUAAAUGUGACCGUCGGUGAUGAUGAUUGCACGACGAUUGAAAAACCAUCGAUGGAAACGCGAGAUUAUGUCGGAAUAUCGAUAUGGGGAAUUUUCAUCUGUCUCGCACUUCUGAGCACUGCCUACGACGUUUUCGCGAAAACACGUUCCAAAAUACCGAAUCCCGUUUUGACAUCCUUUUCGCUAUACACCAACUUUAAUAAAUUGUUAAGUACCGAAACUAGACCUGACACGAUGACACCACUUCACGGUUUGAGAUUUUUAAGUAUUUGUUGGGUCAUAUUAGGACACAGAUUUUAUUUUACAUUGUUUUCAUCUCCUAUUAAUUUUAACGAUUUUAUCAAAGAAGUGGAUGAAAUAUACACUCAAAUAAUAAUACAAGGAGUUCUUUCGGUGGACACGUUUUUCCUUUUAAGCGGUCUUCUCAAUUGUUAUCAUUUAUUAAAAAUUUUAGACAAAACGAAAAAAUUUUCAAUAGUGACGUAUUACUUGCACAGAUACCUCAGAUUGACUCCGGUUUUGGGAGCCGUCGUCCUGAUGUAUACCACGUGGUACGUUCUAAUAGGUAGCGGUCCUCUUUGGUUGCAGACGACGUCACAAUGGAAAAAAUUAUGCGUUGAUUAUUGGUGGCCGACACUUUUAUACAUAAAUAAUUAUUACAAUCCUACAAGUCAGUGCGCAGGACAAUCCUGGUACCUGGCGGUCGAUAUGCAAUUAUAUUGGCUUUCACCCUUGGUUAUAUUACCGUUAUGGAAAUGGCCAAAAUUGGGAAAAUGUUUUUCAUGGUUCCUUCUCACACUAUCCGUCGUAUCCGUUUUUGCUAUUUCUUACAUUUACGAAUUUCGUGCAUCUUUUCACGCGGGUUUGGGAGAUUUUGAUGAAUACAUUAGAUCUACUAAAAUGAUUUACGUACCCACCCACACAAGAGCAACGCCCUACAUAAUCGGUAUCUUAUUAGGAAACUAUUUGUAUUUUUUAUCAAAGACGAACCGCUCCAUGAUACUGGAUAAAAAGUGGGUAAUAACAAAUUGGUUUGCUUCGACUCUAAUAUGUUUAAGUAUUUUAUUUGGAAAUUAUCAAUUUACGAGACCCGUUACGGAUCAUCCAUACAACAGGCUGGAAUCAUCAAUUUAUAUAUCCCUACAUCGUUUGGGAUGGGGAUUAAGCAUUUCCUGGAUAAUUUUAUCCUGUUUGAAUAAAUACGGAGGUUUUGUAAAUUCGAUAUUGUCGUGGAAAGCGUUCGUACCUUUGAGCCGUUUGACUUAUUGCAUUUUUCUAAGUCACAUGGCCGUUCAACAAUAUCAAAUAGGUUCGGCUCGGACGCCUGAUUAUUUUCAAUAUUUUAACGAAUUUCAUCGUUUUUUCGGUGACGUUUUACUUUCCAUAAUAUUUGCAACGGGUUUAUCUUUAAUUUUCGAAUCUCCCAUUUUAGUUUUGGAAAAAUUAUUUUUAAACAAAUCAAACAUAAAAAAAGGUUCAAAAGGAAUUAUUAAUAAAGGUUUCGAAGGUAAUCCGAACGAACCCAAAAAUUCUAAUUUUGUUUUGUAA